AAAAAAAUGAGACUCUUUUGAAUCCCAAUGUGAAUUGGCACAAACUAGCCGUAAAAUCAAAUGUCAAAAAUCGAUUCUUAAUCGAUUUCGGAGAGUAAAGGUCGACUCCGGAAAGUGUAUUAUUUUAUGAGUUAAAUCGAUUAUCGUGUAGAAUCUGAAUCAAGUUUGCCAUUCCUAUUGCAUAUGUGCAUACUUAUGUUAGGAUUGUUUUCGUAGAUCCUACGUCUAUUUAUGAAUAUUAAAAUUUGCUAAAAUCGUGUGCAUACAAUCUAUUAAAAAAACUUUUAAGUAUUUAGUACGUUCGUGAUAUAAUAUAGUGAUAUAAAGUAUUCUCCGUCUGAAAAUAAAAAUAUUUAAAUAUGGCCAUAAUGCCCAAUCAGCAGGUGCCAACUCGAUUACGAUUCGGCUAGUAAAUUGUAUUCUGGGACUUUCUAACUUUAAACAUUAUUAUCUAAACAUUUUGAAAUUGUAUCUAAUUAAAUUUAAAUUAAUACAUUUUUAAUUAAAUGUGUCCCAUAAAUCUGAGACGUUUUUGUGGGGAGUGGCGUAUCUGGAUACGACCACUUCUAAUCGUCACGUACUGUAUUUUUUUAAUUAUCGUGGUCCCUCUGCUUAUUGUAAAUUUUGUUAAGGAUAACUACAAACGCACUGACCGGCUUAUACUUAUUGGUGGUCUAUUUGUUUUAUCAGCGGUACCAAUUUCUAUUUGGCACAUUAUUCAACAUGUCAUACACUUUACAAAACCGAUUUUACAGAAGCACAUUAUUAGAAUUUUAUGGAUGGUUCCAAUAUAUGCCCUCAAUGCGUGGAUAGGUUUGUUUUUUCCAAAACAUUCCAUAUACGUAGACUCUCUUCGUGAAUGCUACGAAGCCUAUGUGAUUUACAACUUUAUGGUCUACCUAUUACACUAUCUCAAUUUGGGUAUGGACCUAGAAGCAACAAUGCAGUAUAAACCUCAAGUUUAUCAUUUCUUCCCACUUUGUUGUAUGCGACCUUGGGUAAUGGGUCGCGAGUUUAUACAUAAUUGCAAACAUGGAAUUCUUCAAUACACCGUUGUUCGGCCCAUUACCGCGUUUAUUUCUGUUAUUUGCGAGAUAUGUGGUGUCUAUGGAGAAGGCACGUUUGCUGGAAAUAUGGCAUUUCCCUACAUCGUGGUGAUCAACAACAUUUCACAGUUUGUUGCUAUGUAUUGCUUAGUACUCUUUUACAGAGCAAAUAAAGAAGACUUGAAACCAAUGAAACCGAUACCCAAGUUCCUUUGUAUCAAAGCGGUGGUUUUCUUCUCGUUUUUCCAAGGUGUAAUAUUAUUUUUAUUAGGAUACUAUCAACUUUUACAGAAAAUAAUCACACUUGGAGACGAUACGAAUUUGGCGUCAAUGCUGCAGAAUUUUCUCAUUUGUAUUGAAAUGUUCAUCGCCGCAGUAGCCCAUAUUUACAGUUUCCCGCACUAUCCGUUUCAUAUCAAUGCGCCUCAAUAUUGGAAUAAUCCAAAUCAUAACUGGUGCCGAGCGUUCCUCUCAAUGAUAGAUAUAUCGGAUAUGCAGCAAGAUGUAACGGAGCAUCUAGGAGUAGUAAGCAGUUCGAUUAGUCGACACUUUCAAGGUCGGAGCACAUAUCAACCUCUGUCUCGUGGACCCCGCCGUUCCAGUAGUGAAACGGAAUAUCUGAUGAGCAAGCGAGAAGAUGGUGAUAGUACUACAGACGGUAUAGUUAGUGACAUGCCCACAACGAGCUCUAUACUCGGCGAUGUAAUGAUUGUUGGCGGAGGUGGCGCUGUUGUACAAAAAGCAGGCAACCGUGCAGCGCACAACACAUCAACUAAAACGCCGACAGCCACCAACGUAGCAACCGCUGAAACGCAUUCCAAUUUCGGUAUAAAUAUACAAAAACGGGAAGUGCACACACGAGAAUACUCACCACAGCAACUAUAUGGGGCGCCUGUACCCAGUGGCAACAGUUUCUUGCAAGCACGAAAUAUAGGUGCGCAUUCCGACAGCGUUCCCGAGGCAGAUGAUGAUUUUGUCUCAUUAAUUGGGACUGGUAGAUGACAUCGUAAUCUUGAAUGUAAUAACCACAGUCAGAAUAUAAAUACAUCAGCGGUCGAAUCGACAUCAAUGUCUGUAUCGGCUUCGGUGAAUUUUUCUAGUAGUCUUAAACUGUCGACAGGUGAGAGCGGCAGUUGUAGUUCCCCUGAUUGGCUUAGUACGUCGCACUCUGAAGAUAACAACGACAAUGACAGCUACGACCACCCUGAUGACAACAACUUAAAAUCGAACGAUGCUAAUAUUCGUGCUAUUCGGCAAAUGAGUGACUUAGGGGGGGAUAACAUUGUUGGUAGUGCAAAUAUUGCGUAUUAUGCUGAGCAGCAUGAUUGCAUUGAAAUUUCACCAAACCACGUAGCCAUGACACGAUCACGACAAAGACCUACAAACAACCAACACAUCACAUAAAUUUCGCGUCGACGAUACUACACAGAUUUUAAUUUCUUGCUUAAUUUUAUGUUAGUAGUAUUAUAUACCAUUUAUAUUGUUAACACUGCAGUCACGAUGCAAAGUAACCAAUUAUGAUUAGUAUACUUCUUCUUUUUAGUUUGUGAACUUGCAUAUUUUUAUUUGUUUACAAUUUGCAUAUAAUUGCCCGCUAGCCGAGUACAAGCCGUUUUAAACCAAUUUAAACAGUAUAUUGCGAAUUAAUACUUUUUAAAUGCAUUAUAAUAACAACAACAGUAAUCUGUAGCGUAAUAAUGUGGCCUUUUUAUAUGAAAAUCGUACCGAAAUUAAAGAUUUAUUACAAAAAGCCUGGGGUAUUAAAUUCUUUAUUAAAAGUAAACUGCUUACAAAGUGGAUUUAUUUUACUUUUUCGAUCAUUAAGUUUUUUUAUCUCUGAACAGGGUAUAUUAAGUUAGCCACGAAGUUUGCAACACCCAGAAGGAAACGUCGGAGACCCUAUAAAAAAUAUAUAUAAAUGAUCAGCAUGAUGAGCUGAGUUGAUUUAGCCAUGUCCGUCUAUCCGUCCGUCCGUCUGUAUAUAUGCAAACUAGUCCCUCAGUUUUUGAGCUAUCAAUCUGAAAUUUUGUACCUGCCCUUUUCUCACUAAGAAGCUGUUCAUUUGUCGGAACGGCCGAUAUCGGACCACUAUAGCAUAUAGUUGCCAUACAAACUGAACAGUCGGAAGCAAGUCCUUGUAUGGGAAACUUUUUUAUUUGACGUAAUAUCUUUACGAAAUUUGGCAUGAGUUAUUUUUUAAGGUAACAAUGUAAUUCCCGAAGAAAUUGUUUUGAUCGGACGACUAUAACAUAUAGCUGCCAUACAAACUGAACCAUCGGAAUCAAGUGCUUGUAUGGAAAACUCUUUCAUUUGACGAGGUAUCUUUCCGAAAUUUGGCAUGGAUUAUUAUUUAAGGCAGCAAUGGAAUCUCCGAAGAAAUUGUAUAGAUCGGAUGUACAGACUGAACGAUCGGAAUCAAGUGCUUGUAUGGAAAACUUUUACAUUUGACGAGGUAUCUUGAUAAAAUUUGGCAAGAAUAUAAUCUCUGCAAUAAUUGUUUAGAUCGGAUUGCUAUGUCUUACAGCUAUUAUAUAAACUGAACGAUCGGUGUAAAGUGCCUGCAUGGAAAAAAAUUUUAUUUUUUAUUGCCGAUUCACGAAAUUAGAUCUGAAUCAAGAUAUUGUAAGGAACCUUUGUAUCUGUGAAUGGUAUUAUAGUUUCGGUGCAACCGAAGUUAACGUUUUUUCUUGGUUUUUUUUUUUUGUUAGACCAGGUGAAAUCGUCACUUUGUCGUUGACUGCUGGUAAUAAUCAAAGAAUUCUAUUAUAACUAAAAUUUAGUGGAUACGUCAGGGGAUCAUUAAUAAUUCACGUUCGAAUAUAAUAAAAAACAUGAAUACAACAUUAGGAAUGGGUUAAAAUACGUAUGUAUUUUGUUAAUCUGCGCUGGCACACGAUAUGCAUGUGUAGAUAUAAAUCAUAUAUAUAUAUACAUUUUCACAUUCUAAAUCAAAAGUCGAAUAAUGUAGAAAAAAAGUUUGUAAAUUCAGUGUAGUUAAUUAGAAAACAAAUAUGAAAUAUAUGCAGUACACUUAAAAGGGUUAUAAAUAAUAUAGUCUUAUAGCAAAAUAGUAAAGUGCUGAGUUACGAAAUUAAAUUAUAAAAUAUUAUACAACAAUUCUCUUAAUUCCGUGUAUUUAUAUGGAAAUCAUAAAUGAAAAAUAGUCGCAUUAAAAUUUCUGCUGAUAUUUAUAAAUAAACCAAGUUCACAUAAUGAAACAAGCUAAAUCAACACAAUGCAAAAGAAAGUUCAGAAUAGUAAAAGGGAUAAAGUGUUACUUGUUUUUUGUGCCUGCAAAAAAAUUCUGACUUAAAUUUAUUUUGUUGUCAUAGUAUGAAACCUUUAAUAUUAUUUACCCUGAAUAUUUUUUUAUCCUUUUAUUUUUAUGAUUAUUAUUAUUAUUAUUACAAUUAACAAUAAAAUGGACGUUUGAGUUCAAAAAUUGUUAAAAUAUUAUAAAAUUAAGUACAUAUUUGGACUAAUAAUGCAAAGACACUAAUUUACAAAAGACCUUUUGGACGUACCAAUUGAAGAUACAUAUAUAUAUAUCUGUCGUCUAUUGGAAAUAAAAAAAUUUCAACAAUUUACAAAUUAAGGUACAGCCCAAAUGACUGUCCACCGAGUAUAUACAUAUAUAUAAGUACUCAUACUAAAACAUUUUUAACGACAAACUAAAUAUAAACCGAAAUAUCGUCAUAUCGUUACACUUAAAAUUAUUACACUGGAAUUAUUGACUGGUCGAGGCAUGUCUUUUCUACUUUAAGGUCUUCAAUUACCCAAACAGUAUAAGUAUGCGUAACAAAAAUGAUUGGCUAUGUACCCGUAUAGAUGUUGAUUAUAACUAUUGCUAACGCCAGUGGCUAAAGGCACGAAAAAUUACGCAUACAUCAACAAAAGGUGUAUAUUUAUCAAUUAUUGUAAUUUGUGCGACCGCCUAGCUCUAAUAGGUAGCGAUCAGGAUGAUCCAUCCAAUCAGCUGCAGUUAAUUUUACAGUCCUUUGCCGUUCAGCUUCCUUGAUUUGCCAUUUCUUAAUAUCCAAUUGAACAUCACGUGAUGCCUUGUCACCACAGCCCCAUACCUGUUGAGAAAUUUAUUAAAAGAGAGAAUAAGAUACUUUGGUUUGGUAAUUUAGAGUGCAUGUACACUCAUUGCUUCUUCUUUCUGCUUAUAUAUAAACUAAAUUUGCUAAUUUUGUAGACGUCACACCUGCAUUCAUACGUAUAUUUUAUACAUACCAAUAUAUUAUAUAUGCACGGCAGGUGUGUCAUGUUUACUAUAGCUUUGGAUGCAUUGUACACAUGCAUAUUAACCCAAAAAGCUGUUGUAGCUACUCUUAUAGGUAUUAUCCCGUUACACUGAAUUUCCGUUCCACCUUUGCCUGCAUUUAUUGUAUUUUAUUCACAUGUAUAAAUUAAGUAAAAUAAAAUAAUUAUGCUUUAUCAACUAUAA